GCUUUCCUUCUUCCUCCUCUUCUUCUUCUCCUCCUUUUUUCCUUUUCAAUGCAAUCUUCCUCCAUAUGAGGAAAACUAAAGCUACCACAAGGUUGCGUUUCUUCCUGUGAUUGAACUCCACAAAUCAGAGGAAGGAACACAGUUUUUGACUUUAGCUUCCUUUGAAUAUGGUUCAAAGGAAGGUACCCAGCAAGCUUGGCGUUCAAGCAGAUCACCAUGUUAAAUCUGAUAAGCGCUUGGCAAACUUGAGCCAAGAUGGCAAAACCAGAGGAGGAGCUGAUAUGAAGAAGAAAAUGAAGAAGUCCAGGUCAAUUAAGCUUUCUGACAUGGAGAUUCUCAAAUCAACACCUUCAAAGAAGAGCUUCUCUCAGCCAGGAAAGCCUCCUCCUUUUGUUCAAGUUCAUCCUCCUGUAUCAUCGUCUUCCCCACAGAAGCAGACACCUUUGAUCAGAAAAAGCGAUGGGUCUCCCAAUUACAUGAAGCCCACAAGCAGUUCGGAUGCCAAGAAGGAGCUUUUUCCUGUGAGUAUUGGAAACGCUAAGUGUAACUCAAAGUCUAGCUCUGUUUCUGCUAAGAAACCUGCAAAAGCUUUGACAAAAUCAUCGCCUAAUUUGAAGCUUGUGAGAACCUUAACGAAGACUCCAAGUUUUAAGAAAUCCUCUAGAGUUUCUCUUUGUGCUGAUUUGAAUGCUCAGAGAGCUACCUGUUCUUCAACUUUGAAGGACUCAAAGUUUCCUCCUUACCUCAUGCUUAAUCCUGGGGCUACUGAGUCUGAAGGGACUUCAGUUAGGAAGGUUUGCCCAUACACCUAUUGUUCUCUGAAUGAAGCCGAAUUUGCAGAUGAAAAGCAUUUACCUAUCUGGUCUGGUGAAGAAAUAAGCAUUGGAAGUUACUGUAGUGAGGGGGGAGUGGAUGGUUCUACUUCUGUAGCUACUGAUAUGGAGUGGGAGCAUGAAGAGGAUGAUGCUGAUUCUCCAGUUCUCACAGAGGAGAAUGACUCAAAAGUUGAAUCAUCAUCUGAGAGUUCACAUGAUGUUUCUGUGAUGUGGUUAGAUGACAUCAUUAAAACCUACUAUGAAAACGUUGUAGCUGAAGUUUCCCAAGAAUCUAAUGCCACAGAAAGUAUCUAUUUUGAAUCACAACAUCAUGGGAUCCAUUGUGGCAUGGAAAGGACAGAUGAUAGCUUGGAGACUCAAGGAGGAAAUAGCGGAGAAAAUGAAACAGUCAUGGAUGCCACAGUGCACUCUUCAAACUUCUCAAAGACAUUUGAAGAACAAGAAGAAACAGGUGAGCAGAUUCUGGAAAGCAAUGAUGUUUCAGAGGCAGAGAAUUUGACGAACAAUGAAGUUCUGGAACUGGAGUCCGAUGGGGCAGAUUGCAUCACUACAGUACAUACCGAUACCUUAGAUGAACAGGAAAAUACGCCUCUCCAACAAGAUGAUUCGAGUAUGUCACAGGCUGACCGAAUUUCAGAUGCUUCACGGGAAUGCUAUGAAUUAAAUCAGUUUGAGACUGAGGAAGAUGUUGCUGAGAAUCAUUUUGCCCCGGUGGAAGAACCACUUAUUGCUGAGACUAAUAAUAAAAUGGAAGAGGAAGAUAAUGCGGAUUUCCAGGAAGAAAUAGUUGGAAAUUAUGUUUCUGAUGCCUCCCAGGAUGGCUGUGAAUCUUCAGAGGUUGAAAGUAGCCAAGGCCAGAAGGUGAGUGAAUCUUGUGAGGCUGAUAAGGUCAGUGAAAAAGAGAACUCAAGCCAAGAUAUUAGUGAAGAAGAUAACUUAGAGAGCUCAAGCAGCACAGGUGGCGAAGAGAAGGGCCCAAGCAAUAAUUGGAAAGGGGCUGAGAGGCGCAAGAGAGCGGUUCAAGAGGAGGAUGAAAUGAGGAAGUUCAACCCUCGGGAGCCAAAUUUCCUGCCUUUGGUUCCAGACCCAGAAGCAGAAAAGGUUGAUCUGAAGCACCAGAUGAUGGAUGAGAGGAAAAAUGCAGAGGAAUGGAUGCUUGAUUAUGCUCUAAGACAAACUGUCACAAAACUUGCUCCUGCAAGGAAGAGGAAGGUGGCACUGCUAGUGGAAGCUUUUGAAUCAGUAACACCAAUACCCAAAUGUGAAACUCACAUGAGAAACAAAUCAUCCUUUGCACAUCCAAGACCUAUUCAAGCUUGUAGAUGAGUGUGCAGGUGAAGAUUGGAGGUGAGAAACUUGCACUAUCGUCUUUAUCAUUAAGCAGAGGCAGCAGAGUAGCAAGAUCAGCAGGA